UCACAAUUAUUUGUCCCAUUUUUUUCUUCAGGGUGGUUCACCUAUAAAGCCUGCCAGGCUGCCACCCCUUUUUAUCUAUAUGUAUCUGUAUAUCUCUACAUUUAUCCCUUUAUCUUCGAGAUUUUUUGGGUUCUGCAGAGACUGCCAUCUUUUACUAUUGAAUACAUGAUGGUGGUCGCUGCUGAUUUACUGGGCAAGGCUGGGUUUUGGGCGAUUGGGUUUUGUUUGAUUGUGGUAUCAGCUGCUGCUGCUUCUGGUGGUGCCAAUGAGCGAUUGAAUAUAUGGCCCAUGCCCAAAUAUGUGAGCCAUGGCCACCAUAGACUGUAUUUGAGCGAUGGGUUUGAGCUCAAGACUAAUGGGAGCACCUAUUUGGAUGGUUCUGGGGUUCUCAAGGAUGGAUUCUCUAGGAUACUUGAGGUUAUCAGAGGAACCCAUGCUGUUAAUGGCAGUGUUGCUGGUUUUAACCAGUCUCACGUCCUUAAGGGGAUCCAUGUGGUUGUUCUUUCAGCCAGUGAUGAGCUGCAGCAUGGCAUCGACGAGUCCUACCACUUGACUGUACCCGAUAUUGGAAGUUCGCUAUAUGCAUAUCUCAGGGCACAAACAGUUUACGGAGCCUUGCACGGGUUGGAGACGUUUAGUCAAAUUUGCCAGUUCGACUUCACAUCCAGAGCUUUCGAAGUUCGUCAAGUACCAUGGACUGUUUUGGAUCAGCCUCGGUUUCCCUAUCGAGGGCUUCUAAUCGAUACGGCCCGACAUUAUCUUCCACUUCCAGUAAUAAAGAAAGUUAUUGAUUCCAUGACAUACUCAAAACUGAAUGUAUUGCAUUGGCACAUUGUGGAUACACAAUCUUUCCCACUCGAGAUACCUUCAUAUCCAAAACUGUGGAAUGGUGCUUAUUCUAGUUCAGAGCGGUACACAACAGGUGACGCUACUGAGAUUGUAAGAUAUGCACAAAGGCGGGGAAUCAAUGUAUUGGCUGAAAUUGACGUUCCAGGACAUGCACAAUCAUGGGGUGUUGGGUAUCCUACAUUAUGGCCAUCAAGAGAUUGUCAACAUCCAUUAGAUGUAACCAGUAAUUUCACCUUCAAAGUAAUAAAUGGAAUUCUCUCAGAUUUCAGUAAGAUCUUCAAAUACAAAUUUGUUCAUCUCGGGGGAGAUGAAGUGAAUACAACUUGCUGGACAUCGACUCCUCGUAUAGAGAAGUGGUUAAAGACACGCCAUUUCGAUGGACAACAGGCAUACCAAUAUUUUGUCUUGCAAGCACAGAAGAUAGCUCUAUCUCAUGGAUAUGAAAUUAUAAACUGGGAAGAGACCUUCAACAAUUUUGGCAACAAGUUGAGUCGCAAAACUGUUGUCCAUAACUGGCUCGGGGGUGGUCUGGCUCAGCAAGUGGUUGCAGCUGGACUGCGGUGCAUUGUGAGCAACCAGGACAGAUGGUAUUUGGAUCACUUAGAUGCUCCGUGGGAUGGUUUUUACUCGAACGAGCCACUGGAUAACAUCACAGACCCAAAGCACCAGGCGCUGGUUCUUGGCGGGGAAGUAUGCAUGUGGGGAGAGAACAUUGAUGCUUCAGAUAUCGAGCAAACCAUAUGGCCCCGUGCUGCAGCUGCUGCAGAGAGGCUGUGGACUUCGUCUGAGAACCUCCCGGAUGAUCCAAAUAAAGUUGCGGGAAGGCUGGCACACUUCAGGUGUUUGUUGAACCAACGAGGUGUGGCUGCAGCGCCACUGGUCGGAUCUGGGCGAGGUGCCCCGGAACAGCCAGGAUCUUGCCAUUUGCAGUAGUGGUAGUUAGGUCUGUCAUUUUUAAUUUUUGUCUGUUGGUUCCAACACUCUAACUGAAUAAACGACCUUGCACCACAUAUGUACUAGGGAACUGUCCAUAAUCAAUUGAAAUUUGAAAAGCACUUGGG